CCUACAGUUAAAAGAGCUAAAUAACGGUUUUUGACAGUGCUUGGAGCUAACUAGCGCUUCUCGACUGUUCUUCAACUAACUGUUGCGCCUAUUAAGAGACUAACUCGCAGUUUUUGACAGUUGAAGGAGGAGAUAACAGUUAUCGAAACAAUAUCUGCAUAUGGGUACUCACUUGUGUUUCAACCUUGGCGUGCAAGAUCAGGUACCCGGAUUAAUUUUGUUACUAAUUUUAAAAACCCGCUUGUAUAGAUACUGAAAAAUGAAAGAAGAACAAAUAAAUAAACCGUUAAAUUCAUCUCACCUUUCUUCAACAAGUUUGUUUUUAAUUCUAUUUAAGCGCAAAUACAUUAUAAAUGUUGCAACAAAAGAACAAUGAAAAUUAAUCACCCGUGACUUUUUCAUAAGAAUUUUAGUGCAGGUUGGUAUAUUUUCUUUAAUAAAUGAAAUAAACAAUAAAACUGUUAGAAUAAAAGUCAUUUCCUCAUUAUAAUUAGCUAUUUAAUAAAAUGGCGGUUUCUUCUCUUGACAAUAAUAAAUCCAAUUUUAUUGCAUGGCUUGUUUAAAGAAAAUUGAAAAUGUGAACAAUUUUUUUAUAGGAAACAGGUGUAUAGCGGACAUUUUGUAGUUAUUUUUAAAAAAAACGUAGAAAACAGACAAACGCAUAGUUAUCAAGUUUAUCACGGCUUCUGUGAGCUAAAUAAAAAGUCGGUGAAAAUCUAUUUGAUGUCAAAUAUAGUUACGGCCGCUGUUGCUUUACUAAAUGAAAAUAUUGCUAUUUGCUAUCUUGUUUUCUUACCCUCCUAAAAUAAUAUCUUUUUUCCUUUCUUUGAAAUAUGUCAAUAUUGUGUUUAGAGAACGUGAACUUCGCAAUAAACAAUGCCAUGCUGUGUUGUUUUACAAAAAGAAAGAUCUAUUUACAAUAUCAUAACUGGCAACGUCUGCAGAUAGAGUGAAACAUAACUUUUAUAAUAUUUUUUUCCUUAUAAAAAAUAAUACUUUCCAUUCUUUGAUAGUAAGCGAGAGCUACAAAACCAGAAUAUAAUGUGAUAUUCUUUUUCUUUGAAAACAAGAGUAUAAACUUUCCUUUCCGUCAUUUUAUAUUUUCUCGGAUAGUGUGUCUCUUUUUUACCCCAAGGGUCUUAUUUGGGUAAGUUUUCGUAAUGUUUAUGCACUAGUGUCUUGUUAAAUUUCUCUAAUUUAGAUCUGGAUAAUUCAAUGUGGGGCUAAUAAAUGCUGCUAGGUUUUUAACAAAGGUUUAUAAUUUUAGAAUCUGAGGUAAUGCAGCUAAAGUAGAUAUGAACGAUCCAAUUGAUCCGUCAUCACCACGUAUUAUAAAGGCGCUUAUCCCCGCAAAAAUAUGUUAUUUUGCAAUCUAUGGAACUAUGGGUUGUGUUUUACCAUACCUAAUAAAUUUCUUCCAUUCCAUUGGUUUAUCUGUUACGCAAAGCGGUCUUAUUGCUGGUAUAAGAACUAUCUUCUCACUAGUAAUAUCACCUUGUUUUGGUGCAAUAGCUAACCACUUUCGCAGAGAGAAACUGCUUCUAAUGACAUUACUUACCUUGACAGCUGCAACAAUUGCACCUUUACCAUGGAUUGCCAAAGCAGCAGAUGCUAAGAUUGGGGUGGAGAACAGUGCAGGAGAUAAGUUAUUUUAUGUCAUGCUUUUGAUGCUUUCCCUAACAGCUAUAUUUGGUAUUGCAAAUCUCGGCUUUAUUGAUUCUGCAGCAAUGCGUUUAGUUCAAAGACAUCAAAAUGAAACUACUUUUGGGUAUCAACGAGUAUUCGGUCCAAUUGGUUUAGCUCUUUUUUCGUUUCUUGCAGGGUUUUUGUCAGAUCAAUACCAAAUAGAGGGUGUGUCAAAAUAUUCUGCUGCUUUUGUGUUAUACAUACCCUGUUGCUCCAUUUUGUUUGUUUCUGUUAUAUUUCUGGACCAAUCAGAUUACAGAAUUAGGGAAGAAUCUGAUGAAAUAUUGACAAAAGAUCACAAAGAAUCAGAUUCUGAUGACUGCCAAAAUGAAAGUAUAUCGAAGCCAUUGGUAACAUGCCAUAGGGAGGUCACUAGUAGUGAAAAAAGCAGAUUAGAAAAAGAUGUAAGAGUAAAAGCAAAAGAAGAAAGAAAGGUAAAAGACGAUAAUGGUAAAGUUACUACCUUUACUUUCGUGGAAAACGAGUGUAUUGAAAACCAGGAAUGUGAAUGUGUUUUAAGCAAAAACAAAACAAAUGUUGCAAAAACUUUAUUCUCAACAUGUCGCCAAUUGAAAGUUAUCUUCUUCUUGAUCAUUGUAGCACACAUGGGAAUCAAUUUCUCUCUAAUAAAUGGAUUUCAAGCUAUAUUUAUGGAGAAGGAGUUGGGAACAACAAAAACCAUCAUUGGUUUAGCUUCAGCAUUGUCACCAGUAUCUGAGAUUCUAGCAUUUCCUGUCUCAGCAAAGUUAAUAAAAUUGUUUGGUGUUUAGGAAACUUUACUGGAAGUAUUGUUGGAGGAGUUAUUUAUGAUAAGUACGGUGGUAGAUGGUUAUUUAGAGUGUCAUCAAUUAAUUGUGGC